UUCAAUUCAACAUGUUCGACUUCACCACUCAUAUAUUCUCAUCAGCUGUAAGUACUCGGAUACACUGCCCGCCACUUGCCCCUGACCGGUGCAAAGUUAAAUUGUUUUUAUUUGUUGAUUAGUUUUAGUUACUAGAGAAAUUGUAGUUAAAAUCAGAGUUAGUGCUAAGGUCAGAGGUCACGAUGUCAGGUCGUCAUUCAAAAAUAGCGAGGAUCGAGAAAACAACUGUUUUUAGGUGUGCAUGGUCACCUUGCGCUGAAACGUUCCCUUUAAGGAUAGCUUUGAGACGACAUCAAAAGAAAUGUCCCCAUCGUCCCACAUUUGUCGAACCUGCCGCCCUAUUCUCCUCAACCACACCCACUCCCCUUGGAAGAGGGGAUGAUGAAACUGGAGUCAUUUUGUUGACUCCACCACCUACUCCUCCCACUCCAAAAGCAGUUCAGAAUUUGAGACAAGCGACAAGGACACCCCCAGCUUUGAGAAAGACGGCAAAACCACUCACAAACUUCUGCAAGUAUUGUGGAAAGGGGUUUACCAACAGACACCUCUGUAGCCGUCAUGGAAGGCAAAAUUGUCCUAAUAACCCACACCGUGAACUUCCCACAAAUACUUGUCCCCAUUGCCACAAGACUGUGAAUGGAAGUGAUGCCGCGCUAAAGUACCAUACUUUACUCAAUCACACUGUAAUAGACAUUAACAAAUUAUCGGAAUCUGAUAUGAAACUGCUCCAUCCCUUUCACACAAAUGAUCUCAACCCUUUGAGAUCUGUCGACCCUGUUUUACCUCAUCAAAUGAAUUCUAGUCAAAUUCGUGGCAAUUGGAUCAAGAGGUUGGACUUAUAUUGUACAGCAGUAGUUAAACGAUCAACUAAGCCUUGUAGUGUGUACCUUGUGGCAACUAUUGGACAACAAUUUGAAUCUGCUGGUGAUGCUUACAAUUAUAUAAUGAGGGGGGGAGAAAAUGUAUCCUUUUACUUGGGAUGUAAUGGCAACGGGAUAGACGUACAUCCACAUCAUUUCCGCGACCCUGAUAAUUCGUGUUUGGGACAAGCAGCUCAAAGUGGGAAGACUGUUGUACUACUGAAGCUGUGGCCCUUCCAAGGUCUGACUCGUAAGGUCAACUUGGAAAAUGCUCAUCAGUUUGAGGCUAAAUUGAUUGAGUAUGCUCUAACAGGACAAAAGUACACCGCUACAGAUGGGUCACGACUCAGGUGGUUAAACGUAAGAAGAGAGGCAGCCACCUUUAUAACUCUACCUAUUAAACAACAGGAGAAAGCUAUAACAGACGGAUUAACUGGAGUGCCCUUUCUCUGUCGUAAUGCAAAGUGUGAUGGAAAAUGUCCAUCAUUUCUCCAUCUUAGAAAAGAAGAUUGCAAAGUUUUGCCGUUUCCUACCCCCACUAACGUUACCGUUGUAGAGCAAACUUCGUUACCUUCCCCAAAGAAACGGCUCACGGACCCCCAGAAAAUUAAGGAGGGAAUAAAUAUACGUCUUAAGAAAAUCCAAAUCGUUGCAAAUCUAUAUAACCAACGAAACACAUGUGUCUACAUUUCCUUACUUCCCCUGGUUGAAGAAUAUAAUGAGAUCUCACCUACCGAUUUUUGUCAAAAUUUGGACGCAACCCCAGGAGUAGAUAAGACGACAGAUUGUUACAUUGGGAAAAACAACCAUGACUCAGGAAUGCACAAUGCGCAUACAAAAACUCCUCAUCUAACUACCCCAGGACAAGUUUUGCUGGAUGGAUCCCGGAAGUGCGUCCAGGUUUGUAAGAUCCCCCGUGUUAAUGUUGAAGAAGCCGAAAACUUGGAAGCUCGUUUACUGGUCCACCUUUUCCUACAAGCUCGUGUUAGAUGCCAAGGGAGGAAGUUGAAACCUUUCAACAAAAACCUAUCCCCUGCUGCGUGGUUGCGUUGUUCAAUGGAGGAAAAAGAAGAAUGUGUAGCGAUGGGGUUAGCAGGAGUGUCACCAAUAUCAUUUGGCACAGACAAACGUUACAUGAAGUUGAAAGGGAUUAAUUACCCUAUUGUGAUGGACAUGGCUGUCGUUAAAGAAGUCGCUUUACCAGAUGAAGAAGAAGAGGAUGAAUAUUAAUUUAUACUCACUUUGAACUUUGUUUGUUGACAAUUAAAUGAAUUAAACAACGUAAAUUGUUAAUUAAUUUGCA